GCCACCAUGCAGGUGAAGAAGUACCUGCUGAAGUGCCUGCACAGGCUGCAGAAGGGCCCCGGCUACACGUACAAGGAGCUACUGAUCUGGUACUGCAACAACACCAACACCCAUGGCCCCAAGCGCAUCAUCUGCGAGGGGCCCAAGAAGAAGGCCAUGUGGUUCCUGCUCACGCUGCUCUUUGCCUGCCUCGUCUGCUGGCAGUGGGGCGUCUUCAUCCAGACCUACCUGAGCUGGAAGGUCAGCGUCUCCCUCUCCAUCGGCUUCAAGAACAUGGACUUCCCAGCCGUCACCAUCUGCAAUGCCAGCCCCUUCCAAUAUUCCAAAGUCCAGCAUUUGCUGAAGGACCUGGACGAGCUGAUGGAAGCAGUCCUGGAUCAGAUCCUGGCUCCUGAGCCGAGCCGUGAAAAUGCCACCAGGACCCUCAACUUCACCAUCUGGAACCACACCCCGCUGGUCGUCAUCGAUGAGCGGGACCCCCGCCACCCACUGGUGCUUGACCUCUUUGAGGUGAACAGCAACAGCUCGGACAACAGCAGUCCAGCACCAGGAAGAAUCUGCAAUGCUCCCGGGUGCAAAGUGGCCAUGAGACUGUGCAGCUCCAACGGAACCGUGUGCACCUUCCAGAACUUCACCAGCGCCACGCAGGCCGUGACGGAGUGGUACGUCCUGCAGGCCACCAACAUCUUCUCCCAGGUACCCCGGAAGGAGCUGAUGAAGAUGGGCUACCCCGCGGAGCGGCUGAUCCUGGCCUGCCUGUUUGGGGCCGAGCCCUGCAGCCACAGGAACUUCACAUCCAUCUUCUACCCCGAUUAUGGCAAUUGCUACAUCUUCAAUUGGGGCAUGACGGACAAGAUCCUGCCUUCGGCCAACCCUGGGGCUGAGUUUGGCCUGAAGCUGAUCCUGGACAUAGAUCAGAAAGACUACGUGCCCUUCCUCACGUCCACGGCCGGGGCGCGGCUGAUGCUGCAUGAGCAGAAGUCUUACCCCUUCAUCAAGGACGAGGGCAUCUACGCCAUGGGAGGGACAGAGACAUCCAUCGGGGUGCUGGUGGACAGACUGGAGCGCAAAGGCAAACCCUACAGCCAGUGUACCAUGAAUGGUUCCGACGUCCCUGUCAAGAACCUCUACAGCAACUACAACACCACCUACUCCAUCCAGGCCUGUCUUCGCUCUUGCUUCCAAGACCACAUGAUCCAAAACUGCAGCUGUGGCCACUACCUGUACCCACUUCCCUCUGGGGAGAAAUACUGCAACAAUCAGGACUUCCCGGACUGGGCCUACUGCUACUCAGCGCUGCGGAGGAGCGAGAGCCAGAGGGAGGCGUGCAUCAGCAAGUGCAGUGAGUCCUGCAACGACACCAAGUACACGAUGACCAUCUCCAUGGCCGAGUGGCCUUCCGAGUCCUCAGAGGACUGGGUUUUCCAUGUCUUGUCUCUGGAGCGGGACCAACAGCCCAAUAUCACCCUGAGCAGGAAGGGAAUUGUCAAGCUCAACAUCUACUUCCAAGAAUUCAACUAUCGGACCAUCCAGGAGUCAACAGCUAAUAACAUCGUCUGGCUGCUGUCCAACCUGGGGGGCCAGUUCGGCUUCUGGAUGGGCGGCUCGGUGCUGUGCCUCAUCGAGUUCGCGGAGAUCAUCAUUGACUUCGUGUGGAUCACCAUCAUCAAGCUGGUGGCCCUCUCCAAGAGCCUGCGGCAGAGGCAGGCCCGCGCCCGCUACGAGGGCCCGCCGCCCACCGUGGCCGAGCUGGUGGAGGCCCACACCAACUUCGGCUUCCAGCCUGACGUAGCCGCCCAUGGUGCCAGCGCUGCAGCCUACACCGACGAGCAGACCCUGCCCAUCCCGGGCACGCCGCCCCCCAACUACGACUCCCUGCGCCUUCAGCCAUUGGACAUCAUUGAGUCAGACAGUGAGGCUGAUGCCGUCUAG